GUUACAUUGCACGCGUCAGUUACACAUGACAUGCGAGACGCACAAGGAGCAACAACACAGCAAAGUUGAAUGAUGGACAGCCACAGGACGUGGUUGAUGGUGGCCGCAGUGCUGUCACCCUUUGGGAUCGGGGCCGGGGUGAUGAGCAUCACGAUUGCCGCCCUCUUGUUCAAGACGCUCGCGCCGCCGCGGUGGAAGGAGUCUGUCAGCUUGGGGCCAAUGGGCCUCCGCAGGAGAGCAAGCAGAGCAGCAAAGCCUCAUGGCGUGCUCCCACUCCUCAUAGCACACACUACAAGCACAGAGACAGAGCGAGCGCGCACGGCUGACGCCGUCCCACGCCACCGAGCAGCAUUGGAGCACCAGCCAGAGCAAGGUUCAGAAGACACCACGUCGUCGUCAUCGUCCUUAGGCAUUCGUCUUCAACACUGGACGGAGUGGGCGCGUGCAUUACCGAGGUCGCCACGCACAACACUGCUGAAGCAGGUGCAGAAGGCCCGAGCACGUGUACCGUACACCAUCGUCACCAAGCCCAGCAUCGCUCUGAGCUGGUCCCUGGUCCGGGUCAUCUACGAGCACCAGCGCCGGUACCAUGGCGCCGUACGGGCAGCCCUUGCCUGCUGGGGGCGGUGCCUGGUUAUGGCGGUGAUGGCGGGCAGCGUGGACGAGGUGCGGCGGGUCAGCGACAACCGCCUCAUCGCCGUGUGCCAGACGGUGGUGAAGGGCAGCACGCUCCGUGCCAUGUGGUUCUACCAGGACACCGAGGCGAGCCAGCUCAUGGUGUGGUUUGCGGUGCUCACCAUGAGCGUGCAGCGCGGGAUACAGAUGGGCUGCCGCUUUGUCGACGCGGGUCCGAGCGUGCGCAGCAACGUCGCCGACCUCAAGUCCAAGUUUGGGUUCACCAGCACAACACGCUGGACCAGCCACUACGACGGGCCCUUCCGCACACCACUCCCGCACAGCCAGCUCCACCUGGUCACCGAAACUGCGCAAUCAUCCACCAGCUCCAAGGCAGCAGCGUCACGCACUGAGCCGCCCUACCACAACAGCACACACAGGGCUGAGAGGAGGAAGAAGAAGAUGAAGAGGGAGCGGAAGCACACCAGAGAGAACGACAACGACAACGGCAGCGGUGUAAGGAACAAGGGCAUCAAGAAGGGAGAUGAUGAAGGUGGGCAAGAGGAGAGGGUUCGACAACAUGCUAGUGAAGGAGCAAAGGCCGUGGGUGCAGCAGACCAACGGCAGCAGCCAACAGCAAGCGGGCCAAGUGUCAUGCGACAGAGACAAGCUCGGGCGAGAGUUGUGGCCACCAUCUCCAGCGCCACUUGAUUUGUGUGUGUGUGUGUGUGUGUAUGUGUGUGUGUGUGUGUGUGUAGCAUUUCAGUUGCUCUUGUUUCUUGUCUCGCGACGCAUAUGCCAGUUGUUGUGGUUUAUUGCCUCGUCAUUGCCUCGGCUUGUUGUUGCCGAUGGUGUUGCCGGCAAACCGUGUAGGCACAUCACACAAGACACAAGAUGUCCACACAUUGAAACGACAGGUGCACACAAGGCCACGUACACACGCCCGUAGGCGACAAAACAGAACCCACAUCAAACACUCAAGAGAAAGCAUUUCACUUGACAUUGAAGCAUCCCGCAACCGCACGCACGCGGGUCAUUAAGAUGAACACAGGCC